AUGAAGGUGAAAAAAUACCUAGUGAAAUGCUUGCACCGCCUGCAGAAAGGGCCAGGCUACACCUACAAGGAGCUUCUGGUCUGGUACUGUGACAACACCAACACGCAUGGACCCAAACGCAUCAUCUGUGAGGGACCCAAGAAGCAGGUGAUGUGGUUUAUCCUCACCCUGCUGUUUGCCUCCCUGGUCUUCUGGCAGUGGAGUGUCUUGAUCCAGACUUACCUCAGCUGGGAGGUCAGCGUGACUCUCUCCAUCGGCUUCAAAACCAUGGAAUUCCCAGCGGUCACAAUCUGCAAUGCCAGUCCCUUCCGGUAUUCUAAGGUAAAGCAUCUUCUAGAGGAUUUAGAUGACCUGAUGAAGGCUGCUCAACAGACCAUUCUAACACUCGAUUCUGGUCCUAACAAUGUUAAUUACAUGGAAGGCCUGAACUUGACCAUCUGGAACCACACACCCCUGGUCAUAAUUGAUACCCGAGACCCCGACCACCCUGCCAUCGUGGACCUUUUUACCUUUGGCCGCAACAAUUCUGAGGCAAACUCCUCAUCUCCAUACGGGAGCUGCAAUGCCCAGAAGUGCAGAAUCGCCAUGAGGCUGUGCAGUCAAAAUGGCACGGUCUGCACCUAUAGGAACUUCACCAGUGCUGCCCUAGCAAUGAAAGAAUGGUACAUCCUACAGUCCACCAGCAUCCUCUCUCAGGUGCCCCUGGAAGAGAGGAUCCAGAUGGGCUACCAAGCAAACCAGAUGAUCCUGGCCUGCCUAUUUGGGGCAGAACCCUGCAAUCACAGGAACUUCACUGCAAUAUUUCUCCCGGACUAUGGUAACUGUUAUGUCUUCAACUGGGGCGUGAAGGAAAAAGCCCUGCUCUCCUCCAACCCUGGAACUGAGUUUGGCCUGAAAUUAAUCUUGGACAUUGACCAGCAGGAUUACGUCCACUAUCUCACCUCCACAGCUGGGGUAAGACUGUUGCUCCAUGAGCAAAAGUCCUACCCUUUUCUCAAAGAUGCGGGUAUCUAUGCCAUGCCUGGGACGGAGACCUCCAUUGCCGUGCUGGUGGAUAAACUGGAACGGAUAGGUGAGCCCUAUAGCCACUGUACCAUCAAUGGAUCCGACGUUCAGGUCCACAACCUCUACAGUGAUUUUAACACGACCUACUCAAUACAGGCCUGCCUUCGAUCCUGCUUCCAAAGACACAUGAUUCAGACCUGCAACUGUGGUCACUACCUAUAUCCCCUUCCUGAGGGGGAGAAAUACUGCAACAACCAAGACUUUCCUGACUGGGCAUACUGCUACUCAGACCUCCGCAUGAGCGUGCUCCAGAGAGAAAACUGCAUCAGCCUUUGUAAGGAGUCCUGCAAUGAUACACAGUACAAGAUGACGAUCUCCAUGGCUGACUGGCCCUCUGAGGCCUCAGAGGACUGGAUUUUCCAUGUGUUGUCUUAUGAACGUGACAAAACCACCAACCUGACCGUAAACAGGAAAGGCAUUGUCAAGCUCAACAUUUACUUCCAAGAAUUCAACUUCCGGACAUUCGCUGAGUCAGUAGCAAACGAUGUGGUAUGGUUACUCUCCAAUCUGGGUGGCCAGUUUGGGUUCUGGAUGGGCGGCUCAGUAUUGUGCAUCAUCGAGUUUGGGGAGAUCAUCAUCGACUGCGUGUGGAUCACCAUUAUCAAGUUAGUGGCCUGGGCCAAAGGCCUGAAGCAGCGACGGGCCCAGGCCCGCUAUGAGGGCCCUCCACCCACAGUGGCGGAGCUGGUGGAGGCACACACCAACUUUGGCUUCCAGCAUGACAUCGAAGAUAACAUCAACCUUCCUCAUGUACCCGAGGACUACCCAGAUGAGCAGAGCAUGCCCAUUCCAGGCACCCCACCUCCCAACUAUGAUUCCUUGCGCCUACAGCCCCUCGAUGUCAUCGAGUCAGAUAAUGAAGGGGAUGCCAACUAG